GACGCUUAAGAAAACGUGCGAGGAGCUGGUCCGUCCCAAACAUCAACAGGGUUGGACAGCGGGCCUCGUCCUCUUGAUUUGAACGAGUGUAUCCGAAAAACUGUCGCGGAACACAUAGAUUCCUGCAAUAUAAGAUAUUUUCUGCUUCAAGAUGGCUAGAUACGCGUCCUUCGAGAAGCUGAUCGUGCGGCAAGGGGCGGGAUACGUGUGCGAUGAAACUGCGUUGGUAAAUUUGUCCAAAUCGGGAUCAUACGAUGGCGCAAUGUUUAAACUCAUAACCAAAUGCGAGACCAGCAUGCUACUGCUGACCAGCCACAACACAGUGGAUCAGUUCACUGUUGAUGUCGUCGUGAGAAAUAACCCGGAGAAGGGUCAGAGCAGCGGCAGAGGCAGAUGGCGGACACAGAGUGGAGGCCCUAGUGCAGCAGGCUCCAAUAGCAAUGUGUCUAUGGCCCAAGCUUGGCUCAAGUGUGAGGCUAAAGGUUUCCACGGGCUUCAGGCGGUUGCUCUAAUUGACGAGUCGUGCAUGCCAGACAAUGGGUGUAAGUUGACGUACUCCGUGGCACAGUACGUCAACUCCCUCAUCCAUGGCAUCGAGGCUUACUUCAUGUUCCAGAAGCCGAGUCCUUUGUUUGCCCUGAAUACUGCAGAUCUGUGGCAGACAUUUGAAGAACUGAAGAUGGAGAGUUGCUACAUUGUUAUGGUGUGGAAGUUUAAGGAUGAUCCCAGGGAAGAAACAUCAUUACGAUCUCCCCUCAUUCAGCUCAACACUUCGCCCAUUUCAAUUAGGAGUGAUCAAGAAGAACAGAGAAUACCUGCUCGGAUAUCACCUGCUGUAUCACCGGUGAAGGAGGUACCGAAGAGAAAAUCUCUAUCCUCAAAAAUCCACAAAAGUGAGCCAAUUAACAUUCUUAAACGAGGAAGGGCAAGUGUUGGAGCUCGUGCUGUACAAGAAAGUGACACAAAUUCUGAUGAAGAUGAAGAUGAAGAAAUUAGCUUUAAGAAACGGUCACCUCCUGUCAUACCUCAAGUGAAAUACCUUCCGAAUAUGUCGCCCAAGAAAUCAGAGGCUGCAGCUGUAGUAGAACCCCCACCAGAAGAAAAAAUUGAAGACAUUACAUUUGGUUUUGAAAGGUUGACUCCAAAAACUCCGACACGUAAGAGCACUGGGCGGAAGAGUUUAAUACCAGACUGGCCUGAGGCCUUGAAAGAUGAUGUUCUGAGGUUCUUUGAUAAUCUCAACCCCAAACAAACAGAGCAAACGUGUAUUGCUCUCACUUGCAAGUUUGCUUCAAUGAAGUAUGACCGAGAGCUGCCAUCUAAAUUACUCUAUCAGUGGGUUCAAAAGAAAGGGCGUGUGGUUGAGAAAACUGUAAACAGCUAUGAUUUGCCAGAAAAUGAACAGAAGGAAACAAUGGUAAAUUUCUUCAAAUCUUUAAACCCUGACCUGUCAGAGACAAGUCGGGUAGCAUUUACCUGUAAGUUUAUGCACACUCAGUUUGAUAUUGCUGUACAGUCCAAGCAGCUUUACAGCAUGCUGAACGAGAAAGGUAAGAAAGCAACCAAACGUCGUUAGUUGGUGCUCGUGUAUCUUGUUCUUCAUACAGUCUACAUAUAUUUUGCUUUAAUGAAAACUGCAAAUUUAUAUAACGAACAUCUCUCACAAUCUUUUAAAUUUAUUUUUAGGCAACUAUUGAAAUUUAUACCUAAAUGAGAAUUCCUAUAGUACACAAUUAUAAGUGCAAAUGUUAAAGAAUGGUGAAAGAUUAAAACAUACAAUUGCAAGUGUGCGUGUGUAAUAUGAAUGGCAUGUAAGUAUGUUCACACUCCUUGAACACACAUACCUUGACCUCCCUCGUGAUCCCAUCUGUGGCAAAUAGAGGGCUUAACAUACAUUGUGAAAACCAUGGGGACACAUGUACUGUAUACAGUAAAAUACUCGCUUUGUUCUGAGCGGGGAUGCAUUUCCAACUUCCAGGAAACCUUCCAUUAAACCAAAUUGUGUAUUACAGCAUUUUGUUAGGGAUCUUAUGACAAAAUUAAAUGCUUCUCAAGAUUAAGAAUCAGAUAGCAUAUACUGUAUGAUUAAAAUAAAGUAAUGCAAAAUUGUAAUGUUAUUACAUAGAUGCAAAUAAUACAGUAUUAAUACUUUAACUUAUAAUUUGUAUUGAAAUGAAACGGUACAGUACACUGAACUCGAGGUUUUUGUACUGUAUUUUUAUUGUUUAUCGGAUAUGAAAGAAUUUCAUUAUAUUUUUUUAAUCUGUAUUAACACACAAAUGUUAUAUACAGAAAUAUGUAUUUUUUUAAAGAAAUGUUUUAAAAAUAGUGCAGUAUAGAGUAUUUAGAAUGAAAUUGUUUUGCUUAUGAUGUCAGUUAAAAAUUACAAAUGUAUGAUUUCUCUUAAUGAAGUACAAAUAGAUUUUACAGCUAAUUAUGUUUUUGAGUGAUUGGAUAUUAUUUAUACUUGAGUAUUACUUAUUUGAUAUGGACGAGGCUGAAGCUAGUUGUCAUUUUUCAGUACUAUACUCAUUUAACUUCUUUAAAGAACUACUGUGUUUUAUCUUUAUAGUUUAAUGCACUGCAUGGUCGCUCAUAAAUUUGACUAAAUCAUAGCAAAAAUUGUGCAACAGAUUAGGGUGCCAAGUUGUCUUUUCGUAGAUACCAAGGUUUUUAUAAUUUUGUAGCAAACUGGAAAUUAAAUUUUGAGUGCUAUUUGCUGGCUUUUCAUAGCUAUAAUAUUUUAAGAAUGAUGAGGGAUUCAAAUUGGCAUCCAAGAUGUCUCGAGCCUACAUGUUUCCACCUCCAUGAAAAGAUGUUUGUAAUAGGUUCCAAGAAUCGACAAUUGCAUCGUGGGUGUGUGAGGAAUCUAACUAGUACCUCUAUGUAUGUUUUACCUGUACACAUACCUGUCUCUCACUCAGGAACAUUGAUACCAGUCUGAUAGAUGAGAGUGCAUGUACCAGUCUGAUAGAUGAGAGUGCAUGUACCAGUCUGAUAGAUGAGAGUGCAUGUAGCAGUCUGAUAGAUGAGAGUGCAUGUAGCAGUCUGAUAGAUGAGAGUGCAUGUAGCAGUCUGAUAGAUGAGAGUGCAUGUAGCAGUCUGAUAGAUGAGAGUGCAUGUAGCAGUCUGAUAGAUGAGAGUGCAUGUAGCAGUCUGAUAGAUGAGAGUGCAUGUAGCAGUCUGAUAGAUGAGAGUGCAUGUAGCAGUCUGAUAGAUGAGAGUGCAUGUAGCAGUCUGAUAGAUGAGAGUGCAUGUAGCAGUCUGAUAGAUGAGAGUGCAUGUACCAGUCUGAUAGAUGAGAGUGCAUGUAUCAGUCUGAUAGAUGAGAGUGCAUGUAGCAGUCUGAUAGAUGAGAGUGCAUGUACCAGUCUGAUAGAUGAGAGUGCAUGUUCCAGUCUGAUAGAUGAGAGUGCAUGUACCAGUCUGAUAGAUGAGAGUGCAUGUACCAGUCUGAUAGAUGAGAGUGCAUGUACCAGUCUGAUAGAUGAGAGUAACAGUUUGGACGAUGGUGUCACUGCUGCUGAAUAGGAGAGGGAGCAUAUGUAACAUUUACUCAUGAUAUCAGUUGAUUAUUUCAUCAAUCCAGGGAGAAUCGAUCAUAGAUUCUUGAGUUCUAUUUCUUAUAUCUAGUCAUAGAGAGGUGGAGGCAUACAGGUCUAGACUAUUUAGGCCCUGGUUUGGGUCGUGCGUUUUGCACCUGAGAAUGUUAUGGGUGUGAGCUUCAGUUUGAUAGAAUGUUCUAGCUUGUGUCAAACGCUUUUAUAAUAUUGAUGCAAUUAAACAUGCAUUUUAUUUUGAAAUAAUUAAGACUUGUGCGGUAAAUUUGUGCCAACCUGUUUGAUGAUACAUAUCUUAUACCUACAGUUUGUUAAUGAAAUAAUAUUCUUAAGAUUUAUUUGAAUAAUUAAUAAAGCUUUGAAAAUU